CUGUAAACAUGUUUGGAAUUAUGAUCAAUAACUAAAUGCGAUGAGAAUAGCAGACUAAUUUGUGGGAAAUCUUGAGACAAAAUCUUUUGCUGAAAGUCAGUGUAGGCUACAUCGGGGCAAGGCAUCUUGGCCUGAAGAAAAAGGGAUUGGGAUAUGUGUACGUUGCGGUAAUGUCACAUAAAGGCUGAACAGAGAUACUGGAACUAGAUUUAAGUUAGCUGACUCAGACGCAAGUUAAUGUGUCUUACUUCUCUUGAGUAAUUAUGACAAAAACAUACUCAGUGUCAGGCCUUAGCAGAUGAUCUGCUCGAGGUCAGUACAUUCCAGAGAAAGUCUGGCUCAAGGCUGGGCAGGAGGAAGGACAGUUUAAGGUACAGCAGAAGUUCACCUUUGAAUGGAGGAAAAGAGAUGGGGAAACCUGUCAUCCUGAAACUUAUGGAAGAAUCCUGCUGGCUCUACAGAGAUGAUUUCCAUAUAUAAUAUGCUGUUCAGUGCUCUGGAACAUCUCCGCUUCGAUGAGAAGGUUCGUGUGGUGGUGUUCAAAAGUGAAGUUAAAGGUGUAUUUUGUGCUGGUGCAGACUUAAAGGAACGUGAAAAGAUGGACGACGCAGAAGUCGGGCUCUUUGUUAAAAGGCUGAGAAGUCUCAUGGAUGAAAUAGCUGCACUGCCUGUACCCACAAUUGCUGCAAUAGAUGGCUAUGCAUUGGGUGGUGGACUGGAACUGGCGCUGGCUUGUGACCUUCGAGUAGCAGCUUCAUCAGCUAAAAUGGGCCUUAUUGAGACCACGAGAGGGCUUCUUCCUGGAGCAGGUGGAACCCAGCGCUUGCCUAGAUGUGUUGGAGUAGGUCUUGCAAAGGAACUCAUUUUCACGGGUAGACAGAUCGAUGGACAACAGGCCUUCUCAAUGGGAUUAGUAAAUCACGCAGUGCCACAGAAUGAUCAGGGUGAUGCAGCUUACCAGAGAGCGUUAACUUUGGCUAAAGAAAUCCUUCCUCAGGCUCCAAUUGCUGUGAAAAUGGGAAAACUGGCAAUAAACAGAGGAAUAGAGGUUGACAUUGCAUCAGGGAUGGCUAUCGAGGGGAUGUGUUAUGCCCAGAAUAUUCCCACAAGAGACCGUCAGGAGGGGAUGGCCGCCUUCAGGGAGAAAAGACCACCUCGGUUUAUUGGCAAAUAAUGCUUCCUGGCUUCCCCUUGAUUUUUUUUGAAGGUAGCUUGGGAGUGCAGAGGAGCCACUAAUUUCUUGGGAUUAGUUUUAUGACUGCAUAUAAACUUAACUCUUUGCCAUGGACUGCAUUUCUAAAUACUCCACUGGAUCUUUUGUUGUUGGAAGAAUUCCUAAAUAAAAAGAUUUAACUUUGUAAAGCUGA